CUCUAAGAGCUAGUUCAGACAUGGCGGAUUCCGCGCGGAUGCAAAUCGCGCGGUUCUAAACGCAAGUGUUCAGACAGGCGCGGAUGUACAUGCGGAGUGCCGUUAUUCGCAUAGGGUGACAGUCCAAUCAUGGAAGUCGAAGAAGCAAUAUGUGUGUACUUGUUGCUCCGUAAAAAAGAAAGAAAGAAGAAACGGCAGUAUUGGGUGCAUCCAAUAUUACGCGAUCGGUUUACUCAUGGUCAGUUUCAGACUUUAUAUCCAAAAUUAAGAAGUUUUGAACCAAAAUUCUUCAAUUAUUUGAGAAUGUCGAUAAAUUCAUUUGAUGAAUUAUUAGAAAUGAUGAGUAAACAAAUUGAAUCUAAUGAUACCCAUAUGAGGUCAAGCGUGUCCCCAGAAGAAAAACUCGUGAUCACAUUAAGAUAUCUGGGUACUGGUUGUUCCUUUGGAGAACUACAUUACAACUUUCGUCUUGGCAAAUCUACAAUCACAGGAAUUGUCCGUGAAGUAUGUGAAACUCUGUGGGAAAAAGUCACAAAAAAGUCAUGCCUGAACCCAGCGAAGAUAUAUGGAAGAAAAUAG